AUCGCGUUGUAGUUCGUCACAGUCGCCCGGCGAAUUCUGACAUGGUAUGAUGGUUUCGUGUUUCUUGUAAAAUGUGCUGUACGCUGUUGGGUGUUGUUUGUGUAUUAUUAUUUUAAUUAUACAAAUCAGUGUCCAGAAAAACAGUGCGUACUAGCUCCAAUAAAUUUGGAUUAGUUGGAUCGAAACUGAAUAAAAAAUAAAAUUUUCAUAUCUGUUUCAUUUCAACACCUAGUCAUCUGAACUCACUUACUGGCAUGCAGAAAUUCUGAAAAAAUUGGCGCAUUGAAAAUAAGACGAACGAAAUCGCGAGGAGAAGAAUGACGAAAGAUCGAUGAACUUUGUUGUGACGUCGGAACAAUUUCGUACUGUCAACAGAAACAAAAUCUGAAAGCUUGUAGAGGAAAACACAGUGAAUCAUGUCGCAAUCGAGACGUCCCAGUAUUUCCAUCCACGAUUAUCCGGAACAUUUGAAUCCGUUCAGCGAUGACAUCACCAGUACGCAGCCUUACUUUUACCGCGAUGCAAAGACAAAGGAUUCGAAACACAAGUUCUGGACAUUUGGUAGAAGCAGGAAGAAAAGGUCGAAUAGCUUCUCCAUCAAAAGUACAUGGAACGGGUUAUUCGGCAAGCGAAAAGAUGACAAAUCAGAAGCUCAGGAAAAAAGAUCUACAAUCACCACAGUUUCGUCAACAUAUAAAAGGGAACCAUACAUCAAAUCGAUGCUUGUACCGCCGCGUAUAACGAGGGACCAACAGGAGUUUGAUGAAGCUCUUGGUACUUUAGUUAGAAGAAGAAAGUACACGUUAGAUAAUUCCUCGUCGAGAUACAGUUCGAGCUUGACUGUUAAUGGUGAUCCUGCAAGACUCUAUGACGGCAGUCCGCAAGAAACCACUACAUCUAUUAUGGGUGAUCUUACACCGAAACCGCCAGCACGAAGAUUUGGUCAGACGAGUCCAAAGCCGACAGACAAGCUACCACCGCUAGAUUUCGAAAACGAAAACCCAAAUGAGAGUGAAAGUAUAACACUUCGCGAAAAGAUUCGAGAAAAAACACCUGUACCUCCUUUACGAAGAUUUGGUAACAGAUCAUCGCAAAGGAUGAACGCGAAUACUCUGGAUUUAGAGGAAGAAGCGAAUCGAUUAGGCGACAUAAUGAUAUGUGACGAGAAUGAGAACGUAUCUGGGGAUUAUAUGUUUAAAAGAUAUUCUCAGGACACAGUUAGAAAGUCGAAUCUCUCGAUAAACAGUUGCGUUUCUGUCGGAAGUACGAUGAGUUCGUAUGGUCGUAAAAAACGAAGAGCACCGCAGCCUCCGCGACAUUUGGAGAAUGUGGAAACAAACGAAAAGAUUGCAGAAGGGACUAACAUACAACUUCAGAUAGUGGAACCGCUCGACAUAGCAAAGGUUACCGAAAACAUAGAUGAUCUGACGAAGAAAAGCAAGAAUUUGGACGGAGAAAUUAACGAAGUUAAUUCAAAAGAGGUUAAUAACGAAGGAAAAUUAGUAGUUCCGAUUCUGAAUGAUAUACAAGUAUCUGAAGAAACUACUACAGAACAUAAUUCAAUAAAAGUUGUAAAAACUAAUAUAGAAACAUUAGAUAAAAAGGAAAUUUGUACCGAGAAAGAACCAAAAGAAAUUGUAGAUGUAGAGCAAGCAGAAACAAAAAUUUCAACUUCGAAGGAUCAAAAUAUUACGAAACCUAUUGAAAAAAAUGAAGAAGAUAUUCAGGUUGAAUAUCGCAGAGCUUCUCAGGAAAAUAUAGAAAUAAUUAAAGAUGUCGACCAAGUAAAUUCAUCAUCAGAAAUAGAUAUUUAUCUUCAGAGAAAGAAUUCUUCCAGUUCCUUGUCCAGAAGCGACAGUUUCUCAGUGAAAGAUGAGAUUGAAAAGAUCGAAAGGCAAAUAAAAGCAUUAGAAACAAAAAAUGCUUCUAAGGAUUUAGAAGAGAAAAAUUCGAAUAAUUUGCAAGAAAACGUGAGAUAUUCGAUUCAGGAAAAUCGUAGACAUUUCUUUAAAAAUAUGGUGGAAAACGAGAAUGAUAAAGGUGCAAUUAAGAUAGAAUUUAAGGAAUUUCCAAAGGAACAAAAGGACAUUCAUGUGGUGAGAUUAAAUGACUCGCCUAUUCCUACAGUAGUGUCUAGAGAUCCAGUAAAAGUAAUCGAGCUUCAUAUUUCUGAACCUAUAAAACAAAAACCGGAGAUUCUCGAGGAUAUAAAUCCGAUUCCAAAACCCAGAAGACAUAGUGUUUUAAAUAUGAACGAUUCUCAAGCUAAUAUAACUUCAACUGAAACUAGGAGCUUCGAACCGACCAGAGGGAAAUCGCUUUAAAAUUUAUAUUUUCAAUGACAAAUUCUUGUACGAAAUUGUGCAAUUUUUUCAGUCUCUAAAUUAAACAGAAAAAUAUAUAUCUCUGUUGAUCUUAAUCGAGAUAUAUUUUUUAAGACUGUAUAAACAUCAUGUACAUGUGCUUUUAUUUAAUGCUUCAAAUCUACUUUGAUCAUUUGAAAUAAUUUUAGAAUUUGGAUUCUACAUACUAUGUAACUAUAAGAUAGAAAAACUUUUGCAAUGUUUUUUAAGUACAGUAUAUUAUUUUUCAAGAUACGUACUUUGAAAGGUUGAUAAAUUGCAAAUAUACAUAUUAUAUACUUGAAGUAUUUAGAGAUCAAGUUUUAGAUUUCAAGUAUAAAUUAUGUGAUUGUAGACUGUUCCCUGUUUAUUUAGUAGUUUCAUUAUUUAUUGAUGCAGAAUAAAGUCUGAAAAUACUAGAUUUGUGCUAUGUCUUCUCAACAAGAAAUGCAUGUUGAUAAUUUUAUUUAAAAGAAUACAGAAUAUUUUAAAUGUACUUUUAUUUGUAUGAACGAUUAUUUUUAAGGAUAAUGAAAUUUAUCUACUUUUUCAAGAUGCUGCAAGGUUGCUUCAAGAUGAAAAACUUUUAUUAUUAUAAAUUGUAAAUAUUAAUAUAGUACAUUAAUGUACUAAUAUAUGACAAUUGACAAAACAAUGUUAAUAUAUAAAAUUAAUAUAUAAAAAAAACAAUAAGGCUUCUACAGAUCUCUGAUCCUUUUCUCUUUAUAUUUUAUGAACCUUAUGAUAUUUAUAUUCACAGUAGAUAUUACUGCAAUAUUGUCUCCUAAAUUUUUGCUUUGUUGUUUCAUCUAUAAAUAAAAUAAUUAUAACAAUAAAUUCAAAAUAUGCGAAUUUCAUAAUUUUAAAUAUUCAAAUUGAAAACAAUCGUACCUUAUUUUUAAAAAGUGGUACCAAAGUAUGUAAUUUUUCUACUAAUUUAAUUUCACUUGCUAACUGAUCGCUGUUGUCUUCUGCAUAUAUAUCCAUUACUGCGUCCAAAGAUUCAGCGAUGACCCAAACUGACAACUCCGUUACACAAAUGUCUAAUAAAGAUGUAGACACAUACUGAAAAAUCAUUCAUCACUGUAAAAAAUCAUUCAUUGUAAACUUCAAUAAAAAUUUAUACCUUGAUUAACUCGU